AACAGUAACAGUAACAAUAACAAUAAAAAUAACAAUAACAAUAACAAUAACAAUAAUAAUAACAAUAACAAUAACAGUAACAAUAACAAUUACAAUAACAAUAACAAUAACAAUAACAAUAACAAUAACAAUAACAAAAACAAUAACAAUAACAAUAACAAUAACAGUAACAAAAACAAUAACAAUAACAAUAAUAAUAACAAUAAUAAUAACGAUAACAAUAAUAAUAGUAACAAUAAUAAUAAUAUUAAUAAAAAGAAUAAUAAUAACAAAAAUAGAUAUAAUAUUAGUAAAAGUAACAAGAAUAAUAAAUAUAAUAAUAAUAAUAUUAAAAACAAGAAUAAUAUUAUAAAGAAUAAUAAUAAUAAUAAUAAUAAUAAUAAUAAUAAUAAUAAUAUUAAUAAUAAUAAUAAUAAUAAGAACAAUUAUAAUAAUAAUAAUAAUAUUAAUAAUAAGAAU